UCAAAUUUAACUUAACGUCACUCAUAGCUGUCAAAAUAUUAAUGUUAUUGUUUAUUAAAAUACGUUUAUAAUAUAAAAAAUUGCAAAUUAUUUUUCUGUUUUGUAAUAUUGGAUAUUUCUCUUUAAGACAGAUAAAAUGGUGACUUCCUACUAUAUAAUGAAAAUGGCAAAGAAGAACGAUCUCAUUAAUGUUGAUGAAUACUUUAAUAAUUUGUACAAUGCUCCUAUUUCGGAAAGGACAAUAAAACGCAGUUCUACAUGCAGGGUGUGUCUUAAAGACGGUGCAGUGUCUAUUUUCGGUGACGAGAACAAAGAUGAUAUAAAAGAAGCUUUAAAGAUCUUUACAGACAUAGAAUUACACGUAGACGAUGCGUUUCCGAAACAUUUAUGUAGAAUUUGUUAUAAAUUUAUAAAAAGUGCUAUUAUUUUAAGAAAAAUUGCGAGAAAAACCAACAAUAUAUUGAAACAGAAACUUGUUACAGUCGAUGUUUUAGAAGAUGAUUGGGGCGACCCAUCAACUGAUAACAACUCAGAACAAAAAUCAUUACAUCAAGAAAUACAGAAUAAUUUAAUUAAUAAACUCUGUGAAAAAGAAAUAAGCGAGAAAGAGAGUAAAAAUUCCAAAGUUCAAUGUCAGAUAUGUAAAAAAAGGAUAAAAAAAUCAUAUUUCAAAAUCCAUAUGACUAUGCACGAUCCUGAUCAUCAUAAAUUUAUCUGUGAUAUAUGCGGUAAAACAUUUAGAUUAAGAGUGGGGUAUUACAAUCACAGACUCAGACAUAGAAGUGACUAUCCAUUUAAAUGUCAACUUUGCCCAUAUAAAGGGAGAUAUUCUGAGCGUCUCAAAAGUCAUAUGCGCACCCAUUCUGGUGAACACAGAUAUAUGUGUACAGAAUGCCCCUCUAGAUUUCUCUUUAAAGGAAACUUGAACUCUCAUAUCUUAUUAAAACAUAAAGAGCCACAAUUUAAAUGUGAAACUUGUCAAAAAGCAUUUCAUACUAAAAUAAAGCUUCUAAGGCAUCAUGAGGUAGAUCAUUUAGGAAUCAAAAGCCAUGUUUGCAAUAUAUGUGGCCGAGCAUUUGGUUAUAGAAAUGCUAUGAUGAAACAUCAAAGACGAGUACAUAAAAGAGAGAAACUAAGGUUUUCAUACAGUGUUUCCAAUAAAGUUAAUAAUGCUAGUUAGAUUUCUAAUACAAUAUUCAAAUUUGUAUAUAUAUUUGAAAAAAUAAAAAAAUAUUGAAUUUCUGAUGAUCAAAGAAAACACAGUAAUUAAUUUGUUUUUAAUGAAGGAAACUGACGACGCGUAGUCACAACAGUCACAGCAAUGGUUUGUGGCUGUUGCUCUGGUGGUUGUAGGUCCAAGCCCCGCACAUGACAAACAUUUAUUUUGGCCACACAGAUGUUUGCCAUGGUCUGGGUAUUUGUGCAGUCCUUAUGGGCCUCCCCACAGUGCCUCUGAGAGCGUAAAGCCGUCAGUCCCGAUUGAUAUCACAUACACCUGCGAGCGAUUGUUACUCAUAGUAGGGAAUAUAUCUGCUAACUCGCAUUAGAACAGCAUGGUUAAUUAAGCUCUGAUCCUUCUCCUACAUGGGGAAAGAGGCCUGUGCCCAGUAGUGGGAUAUUACAGGUUGAAGUGCGAAGGAAACUGAACCAUGAAGAAUUUAAUAGUAUGAGAGAACUUUCAAAUCUAAGUUAAUUAAUGAAUUUUUCAUUUUAAUGAAAAGUGUGGUUUUUAUUUUCACUUUUAUUUUUAAUCAAUAUAUGGUACUAUUUUAAUUUUAUGGAAAUAAUUUUGUCUAAUUUAAGCUUCUUUUAGUUAAUUUAUUUUGAUCAAAUUCAACUUGUUUUAUUUUAUUUACACACUUGAUUUUUUGGUAUAAAUAACUUCAAGGAAAA